CGCUGCAGACUCAGCUCCCAAGCUUGUGGCCUGUGUGGAGGGUCACCACAGCCCCCGGACUUUUGUGCCACGCAGGCAUUAGGGGAGCCCGUCGGAUGCAGAGGCCAGGACUCCUGGGCCCUGUCCCUGGCAGUGCUAUGCCCUGGGGCAAAGUCCCUUCCCCUUGUGGGCCUUUGCCUGCCCCCCGAGUUUGUCUGGCCCAUGGGCCGGGGCUCCACUGCAGAGACAGGUGUGGCCUUGGCCCAGGCUGGCUCCAGGAGACCCGUCUGCCAUGCUGGGUGGAAGCUACCCACUGCCCCACCUGGGCGGCCCCCUCUGGGUGUGGAGGGCACUUUUCAUUUCCACAAGGCAUUCACCACUGGGGUGCCAGUGUCUAUGCAGGGCCCAGCACGGCCGAGGCUCCAUCUCUGCUGAAACGCCCCUGGCCUGCCAGCCCCUGUGAGUCCCCACGCUCGGGGGCACCAGCUGACGUUCCCGUGCGUAUUGCUCUUGGAACGCCAACAGGCGGAACCGAACCUGGGCCCUCUGGAGCGCAGGGCAUGAGCCUCUAUCGCAUGGGCUGAAAGCCAGCCGGCGCUCAGCUCAGGCUGUGGACCAGACUCAUUCUCUUUCUCUGUAAAUGGUCUAAGUGCUACUCCAUGAGACAGUGAACUACUCCCAGUAGGUGUGUGGCUGGCACGCGCCCGUUAACCAGCAAGCCUGAGAGAUCAAGGGGGCGCAGCUACCUGUGCCCUCCCGUCUCCCCCGCUCAUUGUGGCGGUGAAAAUGGCCAGCCCCAAGGAGUUAAAAAUUCACCAGUGGCCUUUGCGCCUUGCUGCAGCAUCCCCACCAUCCUCCAUCUGGACCUCCCUCAGUGCACCCAAAUCUGCUAGCACAUCCUUGGACCGUUCCUCCUCUCGUGUCAGUCUCCUGCCCUUGCAGUCCCCGGUGAUCUGGGAAUUUCCCUCCGCUAAUGCCAGCUCCCUUCCAUCUACCCCCUGCCUCUCCCGUCCCUCCGGAGCAGCAAGGGUUAACAGCCCCCUCUCCCUCGCCAGCGCUGCAGGGACCGUGUGAAUGUGCUGGCUGUUGCCGUGAUGAACAUGUGGCCUGGCGUGAAGCUGCGGGUGACGGAAGGCUGGGAUGAAGACGGGCACCACCUGCCUGACUCGCUGCACUAUGAGGGACGGGCGCUGGACAUCACCACAUCUGACCGUGACCGGGAGAAGUAUGGCAUGCUGGCACGCCUGGCCGUGGAGGCCGGCUUCGACUGGGUCUACUAUGAGUCCAAGUCCCACAUCCAUGUGUCGGUGAAAGCAGCAGCCAGUCAGGGUGCUGCGGGUGUCACGGGAAGAAGGCGUGGGGGUGUACGCCCCGCUGACCUCCCACGGGACCCUGCUGGUCAACGGGGUGCUGGCCUCCUGCUACGCCAUCCUGGAGAGCCCCCGCUGGGCCCACCACGCCUUCGCCCCCCUCCGGCUCUUGCAUGGCCUCCUCUCGCUGCUGCCCUCCGGUGGCGAGGCCAAGAACUGCAGUGCGCCGGAGACUGGCAUGCACUGGUACUCACGCCUGCUCUACCGGCUGGCAUGGGGCGUGCUGGGCCAGGACUCCCUCCGCGCCUAGCGGCCCUUCCCCCCCACAUCCCUGACUCAGACAAAGUUCAUGUAACAAACUGGACCAAAAGCAGCUGCCAGGCUUUAUUCCAAGUGCCUUGUGAUCCCUGAAGGGGAACCCCCGGCCCAUGCCGCCAGCAGGGCAGCGAGGGGGAACUGGCGUCCCUGCUACAGCCUCACAGGAAGUCUCAGCAGAGAGGUGUGCUGACCGGAGAUGGGCGGGGCGGGGGGGGGGCUCUUUGCAGUCCCCCCAGCUGCGACUCCACCGAAUGCAGCAGGUUGGGCCCGGACCAGCCCCUCCAUUUGCUAAAACCUCCUUGCACCUCCCUCCCCAUGUCCUGGCACAACCCUUCCCUCUGCUGCUCUGUGAGUGUGGCACCUACCUACCCACCCUCCUCACGUCUCCCCCAUCAGCAGAUUCUGUCCCUGCCGGCUCCCUGCUGCCCUCCCCCCCCCGCCCAGUGCGUGGGAGAUCCUGGCAAUGGGUACAGCCAGCUGGCACUGCUGCCCCCUGUGAAGCCUCAGGAGGGGGGGCACUGGGACCAGUUUGUGCCCUACCAAGGAGCGUGGGCAAGGCAAGGGUUGCACAGUGCCUGGAAGGUGGAAAGGGGAGGGGGUCCCUGAAGCCAGCUCCUACCGGGGAAGGCAGCCACCCUCCCCACGACCCUCUGCCCAGCUGCCGUUCUGGGCCACUCUGGCAGCCGCUGUGGGCUGUGCGUGCCUCCCCCACAUCCCCCCAAAGGGGACUCAGAACGAGCUCCCGGGGCGGGGGGCGAGGGAGGGCUCUGGCGAGGGCUUCUGGCCCAGCAGCCCCACAACUGGGGCAGGAACUGGGCAUCUGAGGGUUCCCCUGAGCUUUGAACUCCGAGGGGCCCCAUUGGGUGGCGGGGGGAGGGGGAGUGUCAUUGAAUUGAAAAGCCAGACCCUGGCCAGGCUGCCUUGGGAACUGUGGGAGCCAACUACUGUGGGGCAGUGUGGACUAGUGGCUAGAGGCCCCUGGGUUCCAGGAGGAGAGUACAGGCUUGUGGUCAGAUCAGUGUGGGGUGACCGGGAGUCAGGGGUGGGGGUGUGUGGGUGUGUGUGUGUGUGUGUUAGCGUUAGCACUGGCACAGCAACGCUCAUGUCUUAGCAUCCUACCCGACAAGGGUGAGCUCCCUGGCAGCCUGUGCUAGGCUGAAUUGGGCUGUUCCGUGUGGGCAGCGCCAGGCAGGGGAUGGGUCUCUCCCAGCAGGGGGCGCCAAACGGAGGCAAGUUGUUCCCCAGAAUGGGUGGGGCAGAGGGGGGAAGAGCUAUUGCUCC